AUGAUUUGGUUUUACUUUGUUCUUAUUAGUAUGCUCUUGCUAUGCCCAAACACUACAAUUCUUGCCACUUGUUCUUCUAUUGGAAACCAAUCAGCAGCAGCAACAGAUGGUAAUUAUGGUGGCAUCAACAAGUCAUGCUUCCACAAGGAGAAACAAGCCCUCCUUCAUUUCAAAGCUUCCCUUCGAGACCCCCUUGGCCAACUCUCUACAUGGAGACCUGCAGAAGAUGAUGAUUGUUGUAAAUGGAGUGGAGUCACCUGCAACAACCAUACAGGUCAUGUCACAGAGCUUAACCUACACUCCUAUCAUCUUAGAGGUGAGAUUAGCCCGUCAUUGCUUAACUUAACCUACUUGAAUCAUCUUGACCUUUGCUUCAACUCUUUCGAUGGGACCAUUCCCAAAGUCAUUACUUCCAUGACUCAAUUAAGGUUAUUGCAAUAUAACAUUCAUAGUUAUGGUGGAAACAUGAGUUUCAUUGGUACUUAUGUUGACAACGCGAUGGUCGAGUGGCAAGGAAAUGAACAGGAAUUCACCAAUAAUCUGGGAUUAUUGACGAGCAUUGAUUUGUCAAGCAACAACUUAACGGGAAAAUUCCCAAAUGAAUUGGUCGAUCUUCAUCAACUGCUUGUACUGAACUUGUCAAAGAACGCUCUAUUUGGAGAGAUUCCACGAAAAAUUGGUGAAAUGAUGAAGCUUAUAACUCUGGAUUUAUCUAGAAACAAUUUUUUAGGAGAGAUACCAUCAAGCAUGUCUAACAUGACUUUGUUAAGUUACCUAGACGUGUCAUAUAAUAAGUUGUCAGGGAGAAUUCCAUCUAGCACUCAACUCCAGUCUUUUGAACCUUCAAGGUACACCGGAAAUGUAGGACUAUGUGGACCUCCCCUUGCAAAAAGUUGUCGUGGAGAUGAAGUACCACAUAUUGUUGGUGAACGUAAAAGUGGUGAGGAAGGCGUAGAUGAACUUCAAAGAUGGUUUUACAUUGGUGGGUGCACCGGAUUUGCUACUGGAUUUUGGAUGUCGUGGGAGACAUGCAUUUUUUCCCUUUGUUGA